UAUCUUUAUCUUAACCACAUUAAUAUAUAUAUAUAAAAAAAAUCUAUGAUGAAGGUAAUUGAGCACGAGCAUCCAUUGAAGCUCGUUGAUUUGCAGGUGAAUGUUGAAGAUGUAGACGACAAAUCUGAUGAUGAAGAGGAGAAGGAGGAGGAUUUGGUUCCACAAGAUGAGUUUUCGUGUACUUGUAAGCGGUGCGACGAAGAUAUCAACGGGUAUUACAGGUACAACUAUAAAUGUAUACAUGAUUCAUGUGAUUUCGCUCUUCAUAAAUUCUGUGCAGAGCUUCCAGAAACAUUAAAACACGCAACACAUCCACAUCCUUUUAUCCUCCGUACUAUUGACGAAGAUUGGACGUGCGUUAAUUGUCUAAGAGGCCACAAGCCAGGUGCAUGCUAUGAGUGUAUAUGUUGUUAUUGGUUGAGGAAGGAUGUAAAUUGUGUUGUGGAAGUAGACAAAAGGAGGAUCUACCACCCUAGUCACCCACACCCACUAGUGUCUCUGUGUUACAAACCCAUUUUAUGUCAGUGUAAUGCUUGCGGGAAGGAACACAAAGGCGUCUUCUUUCAAUGUACCGCAUGUCCUAACUUCGCCAUACACAACGAUUGUGCUUUCCUGCCAAAACGUUUGUUAAUCCAACAUGCUACAAACGCCGUUUUCAGCCAUACCCAUCCACUCAUCCUUUCUUAUUCUUUCCCAAUAGAAGAGCAAAUAGCUAAAUAUUUUCCUAGAUGCAGAGUAUGUGAUGGUGCUUUUUAUUCCAAUAAGGAUAUUUGGAUAUACAAAUGCGAGAAAUGUAUAUACUAUGCCCAUCUAGAUUGUGCAACAUCAAGAAGAGAGUCAUUCAUGUCCAUCCUGUCUAUUGGUGGAGAGCAACCCUUAAAGAAUUAUAAAGAUGUCGACUACCCUAAUCUUCUUCGUUUACCAUUUCCAGAUGAAACCUGUAGCAUACCCAAACAUUUAUUUUUUAAAAAACUUGGGCCUGCUGAUUAUGGUAAUCAUGAGGUAAGCGUACAACAUAUGAAUCAUCAACAUGAGUUAAUUUUAGUUGACACAGCUGGAAGCAUUGGGUCAACCUCCUCCUCAAAGAUCAUGUGUCAUAACCCAAUGAAAAAGAUAGAAUUAUUAUGCAACGGUUGUGUGAGACCAAUCAUGGAGAUGCCGUUCUACAAGUGUCGGGCCAAAGAAGAUGAGAACUGCAACUUUGAUCUUCAUGAAUGGUGUACUCGGCGGCUUCCAACAAAAGUAGACAACCACCCAGGUCACCCACAACAUCCCCUCCUUCUAAUGACAAACAUCCCCAAUAUGUUUAACAUAUUUCAUUGUGGAGUUUGCCUCUUAGAUUGCAAUGGCUUUGCUUAUGGUUGUGUCGAAUGUGGAUUUUACGUUGAUGUUACCUGUGGGUUUAUGCCUGAAAGAAUCACACAUGAAUCUCACCCAAAUCAUCUUCUUUCAAUAGUUAAGGAGAAUCAGCCCAAUGGAAGGGGGUGUCUUGUGUGUCGCUUAUACGUAAAUUAUGAUAAGUUGAGUUACAGUUGCAGCUUUUGUGAUGUGAAUAUUCAUCCGCGGUGUGCUUUGUUAUUGCCUAAGAGAAUUAGGCACCCUUAUGACAAACAUCCAAUGCACAUCAGCUACCUCCCGAUUGAGAAUCACAAGAGUGAAUAUUUUUGUGAAAUUUGUGAGGAAGAAUUGAAUCCUCAUAGUUGUUUCUAUCAUUGUGAUGAGUGUAGUCAAUCAGUGCAUUCUGAUUGUGCUCCUUUAAUACUUCAGUCUGAAACAGAAACCCAUUCCGAAUUUAGAAGAGGUGUCUAUUGGUUUUUAAAUAUGAAGUUUGGGAGCAUUCAUAAGAAGACUGAUGGUCACCCACAUCCGCUAACAUUUGCCCAAGGGAUUGAGAGUGAUGGUGGAUGCAGUGUGUGUGCUGAGGAAUUGCAGUACAAGAUGAUACUUAGGUGUUCCGAGUGUGAGUUUGCAGUUCAUCGCCGUUGUUUUGAAGAAUUGAACAAGUCAUGAAGGUGCAGUGUAUGUUUCAUCUUCCAUGUGCUUUGAAGGCAGACAGACAGACAACCUAUCUAUCUUAUCUACUUAAUUCCCACUAUCAAUCAAAGUUAAUAAUAUCUUGUACAAUAAGUAUUGUCGCUACUUUUUCUUGUAUAUCUUUUAUAUGUGCAAUGAAAAAAUACAUGGCAUUUGUGUGUUCA